GAGCAUGAAACCGUUUCCGGGCGACAGGGUACCAGCAGUAAACAUGGCGGAGGAACUGCUGGAAACAGUGGAGAGACUUCAGUCCCGGAUUCUGGACAAUCCAGAACCUCGAAAGCUGAUGAAGACCCUUAAAAGGCUCGGGGAGCUGCCCAUGACUGUGGACAUAUUGGUGGAAACCGGAGUGGGGAAGUCUGUGAACUCUUUCAGGAAACACGAAGUAGCUGGAGAGCUGGCAAAAAGCCUGGUAGCCAAAUGGAAAAAACUGGUUCCUCAGUCUGCAGACAGACCCAACAGUCACACCAAAGAGGCUUCCUACUCACGUCCACAGUCUUUAGGCCACGAGUUAGGCGGCGCAGGACACCACAGACGCCAUCGAGAACCCUCGCCGGAGGAAGAGCCCUCCUACAUGGAGGAGGAAGAGGAGGAGGAGGAGAGAGGCUAUCACACCAACUACUCACCCUCACCUCCUCAACAAGACCAGUAUAGUCCUCCACAGCGAGGGGGCUAUCAGUCAGACGAAUACGAAAGCCCAGAGCAUGAGCCUGAACCCAGCCCUCCUCCUCCUCCUCCUCCUCCUCGCAAAGAGGUCCGCCACACCAAACAAAGCAAAGAACCAAGCAAGAACCAUCACCAUGGCGACCGAAACAGGGACCGAGACGAAGAUCAGCGGCAACACCUUACUCAGAUCAAUAGUGAUAGAGGAGGAGAGGGAAAGAAACGGAGUGGAGACCGAGAAAGACAAAAGAGUCCAGUUCAGAAGUCCACCAAGCACAGCAGGAAGUCCACCCCACACGACAGCAAGAGGGAAGAGAAGAAGAAGAAGGGAGGAGAUGAAGGGCGACCACGAGCACCAAAGGACUCUCCAUCUAAGGAGGAGGAAGAUGACUUUGAAGCGCCGACCAUGUCCUUCGAGUCCUUCCUCACAUACGAUGCCCCAAUCAAAAAGAAGAAGAAGCCCGUCCCGUCUUCAUCGUCGCACAGCCGACCGUCUCACUCUUCCUCCGCCUCCUCCACAUCAUCUUCUCGUCACACCCGCACCCCUCCUCCUGUCUCCUCCUCCUCUUCUUCCUCCUCCUCCUCCAAAACCAGCAAGGCGAACGGCGCUCAGAGCAGCAAGAGGCCUCAUUCAGGCUCCAGUUCAUCAUCAGCUGCUCUGACACCAGAGAAACGCAGGAGGGUUGUUGAAGCUCUUCCAACUCUCCCUGAAAUCCCUCUGCCAGCGAUUCAACCCAACUACAGACCUCUGCCUUCCCCACCUCUGUCCCCUCAGAGACGCAAAGUCCCUGUCAACAACGACGAGGAGGACGCAGGCUUCACAGGGAAGCGCUUCAACUCAAAAAUGGUCGUCUACUCUGGAUCGAAAACCUCCUACUUACCCAAGAUGAUGACUCUGUAUGACCAGUGCAUCCGCGUGCUGCAGAACAACAUAGACUCCAUCGCUGAGGUGGGAGGAGUGCCAUUUGAGAUCCUGCUGCCGGUCCUGGAGAGAUGCACUCCAGAGCAGCUGUACCGCAUCGAGCAGAGCAACCAGUGUUUCACAGAGGAUUCAGACAAGCUGUGGAUGUGUCACUGUCAGCGUGACUUCAAGCGGGAGUCUCCUCAGGAGUACGAGUCCUGGAGGGAAAUGUACCUGAGGCUGCACGAUGAGCGUGAGGAGCGGCUGAGGAUGCUCACCCAGAACAUCACCUCUGCACACGCCAACAAACCCAAAGGGCGGCAGGUUAAGAUGGCGUAUGUACAUUCUGUGGCCAAGCCACCCCGCGAUGUUCGCCGCCGACAGGAAAAGUUCGGCACCACCAGCGGUUUGUCCACAGCCGCCUCCACCACAGCUGCUGCUCCCAUCCGAGUAAGACCAGCUAUGACUGACGACUCUGCUGAGUCGAGCCAGUCCUCUUUCUCCCAGCUCAACCCCGCCGCCGGCUCAUCUCGCUCCUCAGCACCAGGAGGAGGAGGAGGUCACGCUGCCCGAGACAAGCCACAAGUAAAAAAAAUCGCCCCCAUGAUGGCCAAAACUAUCAAAGCGUUCAAGAACAGAUUCUCCCGCCGGUAGUGUGAAAGAGACUGAAUGUAUUUGAUCAAUUCCAGCUGUUUUUAAUAUAAUUUCAGCAACAUUUUACCAGAGACCCUCUUUCCCUGCAAACACACACACACACACACAAACCAUAGAUAUCGCAUGAACGUUACAGUAUUGCUGAGAAUAUCAAUUCUCUUUCUCUGUUUGUGAUCAGUUUUAGGGGUUUUUAAAUUUUUAAAUCCCACACAAUGAUCAGAAAAGUGUUUAGAGAAGUUGCCAACUUCCCACAGGACACAAACACACAGUCUGUUACCUUUAAUUGUUUUCAAGGUGACAUCUUUAAAGAAAUAGCUGCAAUGAUUUGGGGGGAUUUACGUCCUUGGAGUUGGAUCAGACCAGAUCUCCAGCGGCAGCUAACAAAGACUAGAAACAAGGGGAAAAGUUAGCCUGGAUCUGGAGUCUCCUAUUUAAACAUCAAAAGAUUUUAUAAUCAAUAUAUCAAACUGUCAGUUUGUAGAUUUGAACACAAACAAUUUCUUGACCAGAAACUCUGUGGCUGGAACCUGAACCAAAAGGCGAGCCAUCUGAUUACUACAGUCAUGCAACAGCGCCCCCGUCUGGUCACACGGUUGUCAUUUUUUACCUUUCUGUGUCUCACCUCUGUAAGCAAAUAAGCAGAACUCCCAAACUGGUCAAACUUUGGCUUUUUAAGGGACAGAUUUUAAGUUAAGGAGCUCUCACUUUUUAUUUUCCUUUCUGACCAAAAACACUACGUUGGAAAUUCUUUUGUUUCGUCUCUUCAUGGCACGAUUCUCACCUCUCUGCACCUGAGCUGCUUUUUAAAGAAACAAAAACAAACGCAUUUAAUCAUGUUUGACCUGCUGCAUUUUUUAAUGUGUGGGGCUGAAAGGAAAUCAAAAACACACAUUUUAGUUUUUUUUACCCUCCUGUGGCUUCAGAUCAGCUUUUCCUGCUUUUAAAUGUGUACAACCUUUUUUUUCUUGUCGUUUUUAUCUGCUUCACUGUGACAAACUGCUUGAGAGAGGGAUGACGAGGCGAUAGGAAGAACCGUAAAAAAGGAAGUUAAUUCAGUCUGCGGUCAUGAGAUGUAUUUAUUUUCAACAAUGGGACCUGGUACCCCCAACAUGGGCCCGAACAGACGUAGAUUAAAAAAUUGUAAUUUUAUUAGAUUUUAAUAAAUGUUAUAUGGUCAUUUUUAUUAAAAUUGACUUUUGCCCUUAAA